GUGCGGUUCACUCUGACGGAUAAAAAAAAAUAAUAAUCGAGCAGCGGAUUGUCCAGCAAACGGAUUACUCGACUCCAAAACAGCUGAGACAGCAUCAAUCACCGUGAUAACCCGACAAAGUGCUGCGUUUGAGCCACGUUAAGCGCAAAAACGCUGGCAAUCAAAGUGAAUUCCAUUUGCUGCCGCAUAAAAUAGCCAUAUAUAAAAAACCAAACCGAACCGAACCGAACCGAACAAUGAAGUGCAACUGAAGCGGAAAGUGAAUGCAAAGUGAAUGAAAUAGACUCGAACUGCGACACAGAAUUGUGUGAGUGUGUUGUGCGAGUGUUAAGAAACCGCAACGGCAGCCGAGAAUCAUGAGCGAGAAACGAAUCGCACACAAAACUGUCAUCAAAUGACAAAUGCUUGACAGCAUCAAUCAGCAAAAGCGACGACAGCCACGAUGGCAGCCCGUUGCCGGUGGAGCUGGCGCCUGGCGCUCGCUUUUCUGCCGCUGCUGCUGCUGCUUGUGGCACUGCCUCUGCUGGCUUCUGCUGCUGCAGCUGGCCAUGAUGAGACCAAAGAAAAUCCCCUCAAUCGCCGGGUGGAGAAGCCACACGUCCACCUGCAACAGGAGCCACAGCCACAGCAACAAGCCAGCGAACAGCCCGCCCAACUAACUGUGAAUAGAAGUGCCACAACUUCAACUGCCACUGCCCCUGCAACUGCCACGCCCUCGGGCAUCAGGGAGAACGUCAUGCUGCCCUCCGCGGAUCCGGAGAGGGAGGCCCAGAUCCUGUACGAAAAGUCCUUGCAGGAGUACCACGGCAGCCAGCUGUCCUCCACCGCCUCCUCUGACGUCAUCGGCGGGAAGCGAACCCUUCACGCCGUCUGCGAACGCUGGCUGCAGAAGCACUGCCACUGCACCGGCAGCCUGGAGGUCCUGCGGCUCAGCUGCCGCGGCAUCGGCAUCCUGGCGGUGCCCGUCAACCUGCCCGGCGAAGUGGUAGUACUAGAUUUGGGCAACAACAACUUAACCAAGUUGGAGGCAAACUCAUUUUUUAUGGUGCCCAAUCUGGAGGAGCUAACUUUGUCCGACAAUAGCAUCAUUAAUAUGGAUCCCAAUGCAUUCUAUGGCCUGGGUAAAUUGAAACGCCUGAGCCUGCAGAACUGUGGCCUCAAGUCCUUGCCGCCGCAGUCCUUCCAAGGACUCGCUCAGCUGACCAGCCUACAACUGAACGGCAACGCCCUGGUCAGCCUGGAUGGGGAUUGCCUGGGCCACCUGCAGAAACUGCGCACCUUGCGACUGGAGGGGAACCUCUUCUAUCGAAUUCCCACAAAUGCGCUCGCCGGACUCAGAACACUCGAAGCACUCAAUUUGGGCAGCAAUUUGUUGACAAUAAUAAACGACGAGGAUUUUCCGCGAAUGCCAAACUUGAUCGUGCUCUUGCUGAAGCGAAAUCAAAUCAUGAAAAUCUCCGCGGGAGCUCUAAAAAAUUUAACCGCCCUAAAAGUUUUAGAACUGGAUGAUAAUUUAAUAAGCAGUCUGCCCGAAGGACUCAACAAAUUGUCGCAACUGCAGGAGCUCUCCAUCACCAGCAAUCGACUGCGCUGGAUAAACGACACGGAACUGCCCAGGAGCAUGCAAAUGCUGGACAUGAGGGCCAAUCCCCUGUCGACCAUUUCGGCAGGAGCCUUUCGGGGAAUGUCCAAGUUGCGGAAGCUGAUUUUAUCGGAUGUCCGAACUUUGCGUUCAUUUCCCGAACUUGAGGCUUGUCACGCCCUGGAAAUACUGAAACUGGAUCGGGCUGGCAUUCAGGAGGUGCCAACGAAUCUAUGCCGUCAAACGCCAAGACUGAAGAGUUUAGAACUAAAAACUAAUUCCCUAAAGCGCAUCCCAAAUUUAAGUAGCUGCAGAGACUUAAGGCUGUUAGAUCUAUCGAGCAAUCAAAUUGAAGCGAUUCAGGGAAAGCCCUUCAAUGGACUGAAGCAGUUGCACGAUCUUUUGCUCUCCUACAAUCGAAUCAAGUCCCUGCCACAAGAUGCUUUUCAGGGCAUUCCCAAGCUCCAGUUGCUAGAUUUGGAGGGCAAUGAGAUCUCGUACAUACACAAGGAGGCCUUCUCUGGUUUUACAGCCCUCGAGGAUCUCAAUUUGGGCAACAACAUCUUCCCUGAGCUUCCCGAAAAUGGACUGCGUGCUCUGCUCCACCUGAAGACCUUCAACAAUCCGAAACUUCGGGAGUUUCCGCCGCCUGACACCUUUCCCCGGAUCCAAACGCUCAUACUCUCAUACGCCUAUCAUUGCUGUGCUUUUCUGCCUUUGGUGGCCAUGUCUGCCCAGAAGAAAACCUCCCAGGUUCAGGAGGCGGUGCUCUUUCCCUCGGAUGCCGAGUUCGAUAUGACCCUGUGGAACAACAGCAUGAUGAACAUCUGGCCACAAAUGCAUAAUCUCAGCAAACAAUUGGGAGCCGCGAUGCACGAUCCUUGGGAAACAGCUGCCAAUUUCAACGAGGAGCAGCUGCAGUCGCAGUCGGGAGGACAAAUCGCCACCAGUUACAUGGAGGAGUACUUCGAGGAGCACGAGAUGAGUGGCCCGGCCACGGGAUAUGGCUUCGGAACGGGACUCUUCUCCGGCAUGUCCACCGAAGACUUUCAGCCGGGUUCAGUGCAAUGCCUGCCGAUGCCAGGACCUUUCCUCCCCUGCGCAGACCUCUUCGACUGGUGGACACUGAGAUGUGGAGUUUGGGUGGUUUUCCUGCUCUCCCUUCUGGGAAACGGAACCGUGGUCUUUGUGCUGCUCUGCUCGCGAUCCAAGAUGGAUGUACCUCGAUUCCUGGUCUGCAAUCUAGCAGCCGCGGAUUUCUUUAUGGGAAUUUACCUGGGCAUUCUGGCCAUUGUGGAUGCGGCAACUUUGGGCGAGUUCCGGAUGUUUGCCAUUCCGUGGCAGAUGUCGCUGUUGUGUCAGUUGUCCGGAUUUCUGGCGGUGCUCAGUUCCGAGCUCUCGGUUUACACAUUGGCGGUGAUCACCUUGGAGCGAAACUACGCCAUCACCCAUGCGAUUCACCUGAACAAGAGACUUUCCCUGAAGCAGGCGGGUUAUAUAAUGAGUGUGGGUUGGGUUUUUGCCCUUCUCAUGGCACUGAUGCCUCUCUUGGGUGUUUCGGACUACAGGAAGUUCGCCGUUUGCCUGCCAUUCGAGACCACCACUGGGCCGGCCAGCUUGACCUACGUGAUCUCGCUGAUGUUCAUCAAUGGUUGUGCUUUUCUCACUUUGAUGGGCUGCUAUUUGAAGAUGUACUGGGCCAUCAGGGGCAGCCAGGCGUGGAAUACCAACGAUUCGAGGAUUGCCAAACGGAUGGCCUUGCUGGUCUUCACGGACUUCCUCUGCUGGUCACCCAUUGCCUUCUUCUCCAUCACCGCGAUCUUUGGCCUGCAAUUGAUUUCCCUGGAGCAGGCAAAGAUUUUCACGGUUUUUGUGCUACCUCUGAAUAGUUGUUGCAAUCCCUUUCUCUACGCCAUCAUGACCAAGCAGUUCAAGAAGGAUUGUGUGACGCUGUGCAAACACUUCGAGGAAUCCCGCGUUGUGGGCGGCGGUGGUCAGGGUGGGCGUGGCGCAGUGGCUCGCACGAAGAGGGGUGAACUCCCACCGCCGCUUUUGCCCGCUGCAGCGGUUGCUCAUCCGCCCGGUUGCCGCUGCUUAAGGAUGCUGCCCAGUGAGAUGCCCAACUGGCACAAGAUGGAGCAGACGCCGAGCUUGUGGCAGAGAUUGAGGACCUUCUGCUGCGGGGAGAGCAGACGGAGACGCAAGCAGCGACGCCAGCCGCAGCAGAGGCGGCAAAGGGCUUACACCGCUGCCGCUGCGAAUCCUUAUCAGUAUCAGUUUGCUGAGCUGAGGCAGCAGCGCCAGAACCGAGCCAGCUCCAUUUCCAGCGAGAACUUCUGCAGCUCGCGAUCCUCCAGCUGGCGGCAUGGACCGCCCUCCUCCGCUCCCGUGCCGCCUGGAAACUGCAGCAUGCCGCUGAAAAUGCUGGAGCCACAUGGACAUGCGCAUGCGCACGGCAGGAGGCGCCACUCCGCCUGGCUGAUCACCCGCAAGACGUCGCAGGACUCCAACUUGUCCAGCUCGAGGAACGACUCCUCUGCUUCCGCCACAACUGCAAGUACUUCCACCUUCCGGUUGUCCAGAUCGAGUGCGGGAAGCAGCACACCCUUGCCCUCGAUUAUCGCCCACAACGGCAAGGCGCAAUUGGAUGCGGGUAAGCCCCGUCUGGUGCGCCAGGAGGCUGUCCAGGAGGAGGAGGACUCGUCGCCACCCCGCCUGGGAGUGCGGUUCCUGCCCACCAUUCCCUCGGCGGCCGACAGUUCGGUGAUCAUGGAGGAUGGCGACUCGAACAACACGGGAGGCGCCGCCUUUCUGGGCAUGCCACUUCCCGGAGUCUCCAGUGGCUUCCUCAUUGCUCCCACCAGCACCGCCAACACUGCCAACAGCGCCACCACACCACCACCGGUGGUGCUGCAGCCGGCGAAGCCACCGCCCGAUCCCAACGACGCACCACCAUGAUGGUGGGACUGGCGCUGGCGGAGGAUGGGGGCAUCCAACCGGGAGACCUUUCUGUAGAGGUCAAGGGAACAGGACGAAAGCUGACUGUGUUCAUAGAUUGUAUACGGGGCGGGGUGGGGAGUAUGGAAGCUUAAGGAAGCAGGGAUGGUCGAGGGAUUGGGCACUUACUCUAGUAAAGACACAAAGUAAAAAAAACCCGCUUUAGGCAUCUGAACAACACGAAAUAGUUUUAGCAUUAAGUAGCCAAUUUGUUAAGUAAGAUCAUACCGAAGAUCGCGAUCCAAUUGAAUCUUUUUGAAGCCAACACUUGACUCCAAAAGAUGAAAGGAUUAGUCACGAGUCUAGUUUCUUGAUUUGGUGUCGCAUUUAUUAAUAUUUCAUGAAAUAAAAAAUAAUUUUACAAAUUCCAUUUUUCAAGUCACAACAUUUUACUAUAUUUUGCAUCAGUAAGUUUUCUAUGCAGAUAUGUUUUUAUUUCGUUUAAACCCCCUUUUUGUGUAGAAAAUAUUAUUUCAAAUCUUUUAAAAAAAUUUAAAAACGGAAAAAUAAUUUAGUUACAUUUCAUUUAACCCAAAUGGGUACCCUGACAACAUUUUGAGAAACUGGGCGAAAUUGACAAAGAGUAUUAUGUAUUACAUAAUUUAUUAUGGUAGCUUACGUUCUUAACUUUUAACCAUAUGUGUUUAGCAUAACUAUAUAUUUAUGUAAAUGUGUGUAUUAUAUUCGACGAUGCCAAGCAUCUUUCGGUGUAGAACUUAAUCGAACGAAACGAUUGUAAACGAAACCAAGCCAUAAACAUUCAAAUUAAACUAUUUCCACAUACUGA